AUGGCAGAUUUUUCCCUUCCCAUUCCACCAAAAGAUGAUUUUCAUCUUAUGAUGUCAAAGGAUUUUCAUAUUUCAGACACUUUAGGUUCGUCCAUUGAUCUAUCUAACUCUAUAGGUUUUGGAUUAAAAGAAGCAAUGUCUGAACCUUUAACUCCCAAUACGAGUAAUACAUUUCCUGGUGCGAAGAGAACAAGUAAAAUCUCCACAACUCAACUUUCAUCCAACAUGGAUUCAACACUUUUGGAUACUAACGCUUCUGAAGUUGAAAAUGAACUUCAAAAUAUUACACAUCCUGAAAAAACGUCUACGAAACCUUGGUGGUUAAGUUUGGGUAGGAUUAAAUCUAAAAAAAAAGCUGAUACUCGAAUUAAGGCGGUCAACUCUAAUCCUACUUCUAAUACGACACUUUCUGCAUCAAUAAUAUCUACAUCAUCAUCCCCAAUAUCAUUGAAUAUUGACCCGAUGAUAAAUGACGGAAAUAAUAAUAUUCAGAACCUUCCAAAGGCUAAAAAAUUGAACAUAAGAAGCAAGCUUCAAAAAUUUGGUCAUAAGAAAACAAAAGUAAAUGAAAGUAGCAACACAGUUGCAGAGGAACAUUUAACUCAAACUACUGGACUUUCAACAAUGUCAACAGGAAAACCAGAAGGCGAUAGGCAUAACAUUGGGUCCUUCGCCGAAAGGUUUAACCGUAGUCAUUCUUUUACCUCUGAUCCCCGUCCCGCUGAAUCUCCUCUUGAGCAAACGGAGAAGCAGGCUUCUCUAACGAGUCCACCAAAAAUCGCUCUAGAAAUGAUCGCCAAAGGUCAGGACCUUAGGAUUUCAUCUUUGUUUCCUAAUGAAUCUUUGACUUCAACAAAUCAAUCAUCUUCUGAAACUCGUAAUGAUGAGAGUGAAGACGUAAAAAAUAUCGUGGCUCCUUUAAGACAUUCUACAGGUGAUGCGUUAAAAAAUACAGUAAAUCGCCGUAGUCGAAUAUUUGAUAUUUUUACUUCUAAAAACUCUUCUCAACGUGUAUCACGUGUAUCUAUUUAUUCAUCCAAAAGCCUUGCUAAUCUUAAUACGAAGAGCUUGGUGCGGGAAUCAUCAGCUUCUAGGGACCCAACUUCUUUUGUAAAUAGUAAUAGUUAUUCACAUCAGAGUUUAAACGUUGAUGUUGAAAAUAUGGACACUUCAUUUGGGAAGGAUUUGAAAAGAUCUACUGCGCUGGCUCAGCAUACAGAAUCAACAGAUGAACAAAACAAAGUUGAUAAAUCUCCUUUACGUCUUUUCAAGAAAAGGUUUUAUCAAAACUUUUUGCCUUCUCAUACUUUAGAUACGAAAUCAAAUGCCAUUCCAAAAACUUAUUAUUAUCCACCGGGUGAUGUUUCUAUCUCUAAAUCACAAGCAAUAAAUUCUAGUUUAUACGCAUCUUCAUUGUCAUCAUUUUCAAAAUCUUUCAAUUCCGAGGAUCCGUCUGCUUUCAAAACAAUUUCGGAUUCUCAACCUUUUAAUUUCAAUGAAACUAAUUUCUCGAAACCAGAUUUACCAUUAGAAGAUGUUUGGGAUGUUCUUAUAAAUCCUCAAACAACAGAUAAAGGCCCUGCUAGAUUAAGUAAUAACCGUUUAUCUUGUAUUCCGGAUAACUUCUUUGACAAGCUUUAUAAUAUUAAAGAACUUUACCUUGAUCGAAAUACGCUUCGGGAUUUGCCAGAAGAGCUUUUAAAACUUGCAAAAUUGGAAAUUUUGGAUCUUAGCAAUAAUUGUAUUUCAGAAUUUAAUCCAAGAUUAAGAUUUACAAGACUGAAAAAUUUGAGACGCCUCAAUUUGGACAAUAAUGUGCUUUCUGAUAUAGUAAGCAUAUGUAAACUUAAAAAAUUAAGAGAGCUCAGGGCUAAUAAUAAUUUACUGGUAUCACUCACAGAUGACAUUUCAAAGUUAUCUAAACUACGUCUGUUAUAUUUAGACAAUAACCAACUUACAAGUUUACCUGAUUCAAUCGGAAAAUUGAAAUCUUUAUGUGUACUACGCUUAAACAAUAAUAAUAUUGAGUCUCUGCCAUCAGCAAUAUGUUCUUUACGUCAAUUACAAGUACUAGAGUUGAGAGCAAAUUUGUUAACACAGUUACCGGAAAAUAUUAAAGAAUUGGAAAGUCUAGCCAAAUUGGACGUUUCCAACAACCGACUAACAUCGCUUCCAAAUGAUAUCAUGAGAUGUAGCAGGUUAACUCAUUUGAUCGCUUCUAAUAAUCAGCUUGAAUCAAUACCAUCUAAAAUUGGGCAGCUCUCUAGGUUACUUACCCUUAAUCUCCGCGAAAACCUAAUUAAUAAUCUCCCUACUGAUUUAGGCAGGCUUGUAAAUUUAACAGAUCUGGAUUUAUCUUAUAAUGAAUUGAUCGUUUUGCCCGAAGAUAUAGGAAAUCUUAAGAAACUUACUGAAAUCAAACUUAAUAAUAAUCCGUCAUUAUUGGCAAUCCCAGAAACAUGCCGAAGAAUGUCACAAAUCAAAAAAAUUCAUUUACAACACUGUAAUCUUAGUUCAAUUCCUUUCGAGAUAGGUGAUGCGUAUAGCCAACUUGAAUAUGUUAACCUAUCAUUUAAUUUAUUUGACGCGGUUCCUAGUUUACAUGGAAUGUAUAAAACAACCAUCUUUAACAUAUCAAAUAAUCGAAUUGAUGACUUAUCCGAACAGAUAGGUCAUCUGGAAUCAUUGUGUGAGUUAUAUGUGGUAAAUAAUAAACUCUCACAUUUGCCAAAAUCAAUUGGUCGACUAAAGAAUUUAGAAAUAUUAGAUGUAUCAGAGAACAUGCUUGUUGGAUUGCCAACUUCAAUUGGUGAUUGUCAAAGCUUACGUGAACUUAAAUUACGAGGUAAUUCAUUAGAAAACUUGCCAAUGACGUUGGGACGAUUGAAAAAUUUAAAUGUAUUCUACAUUGGUCAAUGGCCGAUGACCGAGUUCAACAUAACAAAAGAUGAAAAUCAUUAUGAGAAUCUAAAAAUGAAUCCAUAUCAACAUAAAAUUCCGCUAUCAGUUGAACGAACAUUGUUAUGGAGAAUGCAUGAUUCUAUAUUAAAAAGACUAAGAGAUAUAGAUUACAGUGAUGGAACUUCGGAGAGAUCUUUAAUAAUUCCAUCGGAUGAAAGCAAUAAUUCUCAAGAUGGAGGAAGUCAUACAUCGACGUCGGAUCCAUCGACAAACUAUACCAGUCCGCCAAUACCAAGAGAUGAUGUAAUAUUGAAAAUGGCUGUUUUAAAAGGUGUUUAUGAUCAAAUAAUGAAAGACAUGCGCAAUAGUGACUACGAUAAAGAUUUAUGCGGAGAUGACACGGCCGAAUUUACUGAUAGUGUGAAAAAGAAAAAGUUUUCGAAACUAAAAGAGUUUAAAUUUCUGAAGAUUAACGAUAGCAGAUAG